UUGUGAAACAGGCUGCAGCUCUCUCGGCUCUCUCUCCACAAAGCAAGAGGGAGCAUUUUUAUAUUUAACUUUUAUCCCAUUUUUUAUUUGGAUCACCUGGAUUGGACACUGAGCUUUCUCUGUGUGUGUGUGUUGUUUUUUCUUCCUAUCCGGCGCAGCCUCAGAGCAACUUGCCAUGAGCAUCACACGGCUGGAGACCUAAACAAUCGGGUCUGGAAGAGGGGAAGAUGCCUCAUGGACCGCUCCAUCACCGUCAGUGCGCCAGUUCAGGGCAUCCCAAACGCCGAAUAACAAAGAAAUGCCGAGGUUUAGCGUCAGAUGGAUGGUCGCGGUGCUGCUGAUCCUCCUGGUCGGCGGGGCUUUCUUUUUCUGCGAGUAUCUCAUUUACUUCCCCACCAUCCUCAAGUGCGCCUGGCCGAAGAUCAGCCAUGCACGGGGCGGCGGAGAGGGCAUCGACGGCCGGCCGAUGGACUCGGCGGUCCGCGCUAUGGUUCUGUCGGACACCCACCUCCUCGGAGCCGUCGGGGGACACUGGUUUGACAAGCUGAGGAGGGAAUGGCAGAUGGAGAGAGCUUUCCAGACCGCUCUGUGGCUGCUCAGGCCCGAAAUAGUGUUUAUUCUCGGGGACAUCUUCGACGAAGGCAAGUGGAGCUCGCAGAAGCACUGGGAGGACGACGUGCGCCGCUUCCACAGGAUGUUCAGACACUCCACUGACACAGAACUGGUUGUACUGGUUGGGAAUCAUGACAUCGGUUUCCAUUAUGAGAUGGACUGGUUCAAACUGCAGCGCUUUGAGAAGGUCUUCAACGCUUCCUCCACCAGGAUCGUCACCAAAAAGGGAGUCAAUUUCCUGCUGGUGAACAGCGUGGCCCUGCACGGUGACGGGUGUCCCAUCUGCCAGUCGGUGGAAAAGGAGCUGAUCAAACUCUCCAGAGACCUCAACUGCUCUCUUCAGAACUCGCAGUCGGGCAGCGCGGUGACUAACAGCUGUGAGGGCUCGCAGCUCUAUCCUCCCACACCCCCCAUCAUGUUACAGCACUAUCCUCUGUACAGAGUGAGCGACGCCGGCUGCACAGGCCUGGACGCUGCACCGCCUGAAGAGCGACACCUGCUGUUCAGAGAGAAGUAUGACGUGUUGUCGAAGGAGGCCUCACAGAGGCUGCUGCAGUGGUUUAAGCCCCGCCUCAUCCUGAGCGGACACACCCACAGCGGAUGUGAGGUUCUCCAUGACAACAAGUACCCAGAAAUCAGCGUGCCGUCCUUCAGCUGGAGGAACAGAAACAACCCGAGCUUCAUCCUGGCGUCGGUGUCACCCAGCAGUUACACUCUAUCCAAGUGUUUCCUGCCGGAGGAGAGCACGGUCAUCGGUGUCUACUGCUCGGCCGGCGCCUGCCUGCUGCUGCUGUUCCUGGCUCACUGUAUGUGGAUGAAAGGCCUGCUGCAGUGCCUCAGCCUCUUCCUGCUGGGGAAGCACAAGUCUCUGUGAACUACAUUACCCAGAGUGCACCGCGUCCCAGGACAGAGCCAUGAAGUAGAGCUGGUUAAAAAAAAACACUCGAGACGUCCUCCCUACUCUCUUCUGGAAAAACAUCUGUUCAUACAACCUCGAUUUGUUUGUGAAGGACGUGAAUAUAUAUUUUAAAUGUCUUUAAAGGACUUUAUCAUUGCUGAUGAUGAUGAUGUGGUUUUUAGCCUGCGAUGACAAAGCAGAUCCGGGGGCCAAAUUGUUGUUACAAAUCAUCGCUGAUGUUUCCUCGGGAGUGCCGGGCGGGUGGAGCUUAUUGCAUCAGGAAGGUUUUUGACUUCACAACCGUGUCCUGUUCCCGACUGAAUUAUUAGAAAGUGCACACAUGUGGCAUCAAGUGAGACCAGUCAAACACGUGCAUAUGUAAAUACCAACCAGUCUGGUUUAAGGUGGUACAGUCAGGUGGUGGUUUAUGUGAUCUGAUGUAAAAACACACUGAUCGUCUCACUCUCUGAACACUUUGUUUGUUUCCCGCCGUUGAUGUCUGAUAAUCCAUCAGGGGUUCCUCAUUGUUUUUAAAAAUGAUGCAUAUCUGAAUAUAUUUGUUGCUGACUUGCUGUGCCAAAUGUUUGUGAGGGUUUUUGCCAAAAUUGUUCAAAUGUUUCUGACGAACUGUACAUAAUAAAUCAGAAUCUUAAGGUC